UGUGCUUUUUUUAAAUUCGAGUGACAGAGUUUUGUGUUUUCUUCGAUUUUUUGUUUGUUUUUAAAAGUUGUUGAAUAGAUAUAAUUAUGGCUAAAAAUAAUAAGAAAAAAAUUCAAUCAAAACCAUUUCGACGAACAUUAGUAUUGGAUAAACCGAUCAAAACAAAUUGGAAGAAAAAAAUGCAAUUAAAACAAACCAGCAAACAAAUUAAAUCAUUGGAAAAUGAAUUAAAAUCCGAAACUAAACGAUUGAUUCAGGAAAAACAACAAAGACGUAAAGAAAAUCAACAACGUCGUGAAGAGAAUACAAGAAAAGCUGAAAUUGUACAAAUAAUACAGAAUAAAAAUAAAUUAAAAAAACUUAAAGGAUCAAGAAAAUUGAGAAAAGUUUAAACAAUAUAUUCUUUUCAUUUCAUUUCAUUUUUUUGUUUU